AUGUACGCCACUCAAUGUGGUUAUCGCCUCGACGUCGUGGUACCACGACAAAAACUUGCAUUCGAGAUCAAUCUACCUGAUUGCUAUCAAGCAUUGGAGCCAAGUGACGAGGACAACGAACCAAAAACUUUUGCAUUUGUUGAUCUCAAGGCGCGACACCUCGAGUUGUUAGGCUGGACAGUCGUUCAACUUCACGCUGCCCGGUUCUUACAGCUUAAAUCUUUAGAGGAUCGCAAGAUGCAUCUCAAAAAUCUCCUAGAAAUCGCCACCUGUCGCGAACAAAAGACGAGAUCAGCUAGGAAAUAG